AUGGACGUAGCUCAACUUCUUACGCACACAUUAGUUAAUGAUCGUGCUUUACGUGAAGAAGCUACUCAAAAGUUAGAAUUACUCGCACAAGAAAACUACGCAAAUUAUGUUGUAAAUCUAUGUCAGAUUCUUGUUAGCGAGGAGGCAGAUCCUUCCAUUAGAAUGGCUUCCGGGUUAGCUUUGAAGAAUAGUUUGACAGCAAAGGAUUAUACGCGUAGAGAGGAAUUAGCUCAACGAUGGGCAGAAAUUGCUGAAGAUGUUCGUGGUCAAAUCAAACAAGGGGUUCUUCAAGCUUUGAACACACCCAAGAAGCCCGUUGGUAACAUUGCAGCUCAGGUCGUUGCAGCCAUUGCUGAUAUUGAGUUACCCUUGGGUCUCUGGAAUGAUCUCAUCGGUAUAAUGCUCAACAAUAUCAGAGGAGACAAUGCUAUUUUAAAGCAAGCUACUUUGCAAGCCCUCGGUUAUGUUUGCGAAACAACAGACCCUAAUAUUUUGUCAACUCAAUCCGAUGGUAUUUUAACUGCAGUUAUUCAAGGCGCACAGAAGGAUGAACCUGACCAAGAUGUCCGUUUGGCUGCUAUUACUGCUUUGACCAACUCUCUCGACUUUAUCAAAAAUAAUUUCGAGCGCGAGGGUGAAAGGAACUUUAUUAUGCAAGUUGUCUGUGAAGCUACUCAAAGUCAGUCUAGCGCUCUCCAAGUUGCUGCUUUCCAAUGUCUUGUCCGUAUCAUGCAAACUUACUAUGACAAAAUGCAGUUAUAUAUGGAAAAAGCUUUGUUCGGCCUCACUGUCACGGGUAUGAAUAGUGAAGACGAACAAGUUGCUUUGCAAGCUAUUGAAUUCUGGUCUACCGUUUGUGACGAAGAGAUUGAAUUGAAGGAAGAAAUGAUUGAGGCUGCUACUGUUAACGAAGAACCUGAACGUAAAAGCUACCAUUUUGCUGAAUUAGCCCUUCCUGAUAUUAUCCCUGUUCUCUUAUGGUUAUUAACUAAACAAGAAGAGGAUUAUGAUGAAGAUGAAUGGACAGUCUCCAUGGCCGCUGCCACUUGUCUAUCGUUACUGGCUCAAACUGCUGGUAAUGGUAUUGUACAGCAUGUUGUUCCUUUCAUUGAAGCUAAUAUACAAAGUGAAAAUUGGAGACAACGUGAAGCUGCUGUCAUGGCAUUCGGUUCCAUUUUAGAUGGACCAGAUCCUAACCUUUUGACACCCUUGGUUCAACAGGCUUUACCAACUCUUAUUCAGAUGAUGAAGGAUCCCAUUGUUCAUGUUAAGGAUACUGUUGCCUGGACUCUUGGUCGUAUCUGUGAAUUGCUUAUGCACUGUAUUAACCUCGAGCUUCAUUUGAAUGAUUUAAUUUCUGUGUUGGUAUUCGGUCUACAAGAUAGUCCCCGUAUUGUUGGUAACUGCUGCUGGUCUUUGAUGAACCUAGCGGAGCAAUUAAACGCAGGUGACGAUUCCGCCGUUACAUCUCCAUUGUCCGCGUACUUUGAUGGUAUCAUCACCGCUUUAUUGCAAUUUACUGAAAGAUCUGAUAACGAAGCCAACUGUAGAACCUCGGCCUAUGAAGCUAUUUCAACACUCUGUAUAUGCUCUGCCAAUGAUUCUAUUAACACUGUUGAAAGAACUGUUUUAACUGUGAUUGAUCGUUUAGAAGCCACCAUGGCCAUGGAAAGUCAAAUCCUCGAUGCUGAUGAUAGAGCCAACCACUCUGAAUUACAAUCCAGUUUAUUAGGUGUUUUGACCAACUGUGUGCGUCGGCUCUCCAGAGAUAUCAGUCAAAUCGCUGAUCGUAUUAUGACUGUUGUUCUUCAAUUAUUAAACACACAAUCCAAGCAAGCCACUACAACCGAAGAUGCAUUCUUAGCCAUUGGUGCCAUGACCACUGCUUUGGAAAGUGACUUCAAUCGAUAUGCAGAGCCUUUCAUGCCCAUCCUUUGCAACGCUUUGCAAAACCCUUCAGAAUAUCAGUUGUGCUUCAUCGCCGUCGGCAUCAUUGGCGAUAUUUGCCGUGCACUCGGUAAAGAAGCUACACCGUACUGUAACAACUUGAUGCAACUGCUGGUCACCAAUUUGCAAUCCCCUGUUCUUCACCGUACAGUCAAGCCUGCUAUCCUUUCAUGCUUUGGUGAUAUCGCUCUAGCUAUCGGAGAUGGUUUUGCUGGUUAUUUAGAAGUGGUGAUGUUAGUCUUACAACAAGCUGGUAGUAUGCGUGCAGACAGGGACAAUUAUGAAAUGGUCGAAUAUGUAAAUACAUUGUACGAAGGUUGUGUUGAAGCUUAUGUGGGUAUUGUACAAGGUUUAAGCGGCAGUCCACAAGCACAAUUAUUGCUACCAUAUUUACCUCAUGUCUUUGAAUUCGUACGUCUAAUUGCUAUUGAUCCCAGCCGAACUGAUUCCCUUGUUAGAUCUAUCAUUGGUUUAUUAGGUGAUCUUGCAGAGACAUUUGGUGGCCAAAUUAAACCUCUCCUUCAACCCGAGUGGAUUUUGAUCUUAUUACGUGAAGCUAGAACAAGCCGUCAUUACCAACAAAGCACAAAAGAAACAUCUCGUUGGGCAAAGGAGAUGAUUAGACGUGCAUGUCAAUAA